CUAUAAAUUCCUCACCUUUUUCUCCUCCCUAUAUAGGAGGCACCCAAGCGCAAGAAGAGGAGGGAGACAGAGAGAGAGAGAACGCACCAACCAAGGACGACGGAGGACGGACUAGCUGUGCGGCGUCUGCUCGAUCGAUCCGUGUCUUCCGGUCGAGUUCUUGGUUGAUCGAUCUCUUCUUCCCUCUCCUCCACCGCCUCCCAGGCUCUUGGUGUAGCUUGAUUUCACUUUCACCAGCAAAGUUUCAUGUCUGAUCUCGACAUUCAGAUCCCAACAGCUUUCGAUCCCUUUGCUGAGGCCAAUGCUGGAGACUCUGGUGCUGCUGCAGGAUCAAAGGACUACGUUCAUGUACGCAUCCAGCAACGUAAUGGCCGUAAGAGCCUGACCACUGUCCAGGGAUUGAAGAAGGAAUUCAGCUACAGCAAGAUCCUCAAAGAUCUCAAGAAAGAGUUUUGCUGCAAUGGUACUGUUGUCCAGGACCCAGAGCUUGGCCAGGUCAUUCAACUUCAAGGUGACCAGAGGAAGAACGUAUCAAAUUUUCUUGUUCAGGCCGGCAUUGUGAAGAAGGAGCACAUCAAGAUUCAUGGUUUCUGAGCAACUACCAGAUCCAUUGCAAAGACGAUAGUUUGGGGUGGAGUAUACUUGGUUGUGUACAUGCCUGCGUGUUCCAUUGUACACAAAAAACCUAGCCACCUCUUGAGUGUAUGCUUGUUAUCCCGUGUGUUGAAGUUUGUAAGAGGCACCAUCAAUAUAGAUGGCUUGUGUCCCUCUCUUAUCAAGGUUGAAUAAUAGAUGCUACUUUGAGAGCGUUA